AUGCGCCAGUCGCAGUACGACGUAGAGAAGGAAGACUAUGGCGAUGAGGACGAUGAGAUUCAACCGGAGUCUUUGUGGGACGUCAUCCGCUCCUUUUUCGACGAAAAUGGUCUCGUGCAGCAGCAAUUGGCAAGCUUCAACGAAUUCGUCGGCAACACUAUUCAAGAUGUUGUGGAGGAAGUCGGAAGCAUCACGUUGGAACAGACGGAUCAGCAUACGUUGACAGAGGGCGAUAGGACCCGCCGAUACGAGAUCUCCUUUGGACAAAUCUACCUGGCCAGACCUACAAUGACCGAGUCCGAUGGUAGUUCAGCAGAGAUGAUGCCUCAAGAAGCGCGACUGCGCAACCUCACAUACUCUGCUCCCAUGUUCAUGGACAUGCGUCAGCGAAAGCUGGUCCAACAUCCCACUCGGCUUGAUCGUGCUACAGGAGAUCCACUCUGGAUCCCAGAAGAUGACGAAGACCCAGAUGAGCCUUUGGAAGCCCAGAAGAUCUUCAUCGGAAAGGUGCCGAUCAUGCUCAAAUCCAAGUAUUGUUGGUUGCGCAAUGUGGACGAGACUCAGUCAUACCACAUGAAGGAGUGUCCACUGGACUCAGGUGGCUACUUCGUCAUAAACGGCUCCGAGAAGGUUCUCAUCGCGCAAGAGCGCAUGGCUGCCAAUCACGUCUAUGUCUUCACGAAACCUGCGCCUUCGGCUUUCAGUCAUCUGGCGGAGAUCCGCAGCGCAGUGGAGAAGGGUGGCAAGAUCAUUAGUUCGAUGCAGAUAAAGCUGUUCACUCGCGGCAAAGACAAAGGGACGCAAAACGCGAUUCGCGCUACGCUCCCUUACAUCAAGGAAGACAUUCCGAUCGUCAUCGUAUUCCGCGCCCUUGGGAUUCUGCCCGAUCGGGAUAUCAUGCAGCAUAUUUGUUACGACGAGGGAGACACGGCCAUGCUGGAGAUGCUCAAGCCCUGUAUCGAGGAAGCUUUCGCCGUGCAGGACAAGGAAUCAGCGCUCACCUUCAUUGGCAGACGCAAUGUAGACAGAUUCAUGGCUCCCGCCAAGGCGCAGCAAUUUGCAACGGACGUGCUGCAGAAGGAAAUGCUGCCGCACAUCUCAGUAGAGAGUGGGGCCGAAACAAAGAAGGCAUACUUCUUCGGCUACAUGGUCCACCGUCUUUUGCUCGCCGCCUUGGAGCGCAGAGAAAUCGACGAUCGAGACCACUUCGGCAAGAAGCGACUCGAUCUUGCUGGUCCUCUGUUGUCUGGAUUGUUCCGCAUGCUGUUCCGCAAGCUCACACGCGACAUAUACCGACACUUGCAAAAGUGUGUCGAAGAGCAGCGAGAAUUCUUUUUGUCGUCUGCCGUCAAGUCCAGCACGAUCACCAAUGGUCUCAAGUACUCGUUGGCCACCGGAAACUGGGGAGACCCGAAGAACUCCAAGACGGUCCGUGCUGGCGUGUCGCAGGUGCUGAACAGGUACACUUUUGCCUCCACGCUUUCGCAUUUGCGGCGCUGCAACACACCGAUAGGUCGGGAUGGUAAGAUUGCAAAGCCUCGCCAACUGCACAACACUCAUUGGGGCAUGGUGUGCCCUGCCGAGACGCCGGAAGGUCAAGCUUGUGGCUUGGUAAAAAAUCUCAGUCUUAUGUCUCUCAUUUCGGUGGGAUCAGCGAGCUCUCCCAUCAUCGAGUUUCUCAGGGAGUUCGAGCUCGAAGGCGUGGAAGACAUCAACAGAAGCGGUACCCAACCUACCAAGGUGUUCGUCAACGGCACGUGGACCGGCGUGCACAGAGAGCCCAUCAAACUUGUCCAGACGCUACGCGAUUUGCGAAGAAAAGACGACAUUACCAUGGAGGUCAGCGUCGUCCACGAUAUUCGUGAAAAGGAGCUUCGUCUGUACACGGACGCCGGACGUGUGCUGAGGCCGCUCUUCAUCGUCAAUGAGGACAAGUCACUCGCCAUCAAGCAGAAGCACAUUGAUUGGCUGGAGAGUGGAACGGGCUACAAUCGCGAGGGCGAAGAAAGGGAGUGGAAGUGGCAGGCUUUGCUUCAGGAAGGACUCGUUGAGCUGCUGGACGCUGAGGAAGAGGAAACGGUCAUGAUCUGCAUGAGUUCACAAGACCUCGAAUUUUCCAAGGCGUAUAACCAGAGGCCACAUGCUUUCGAACGAGGCACUGAGAUGGAUCCUAGCGCACGUUUGGUAUCUCUUCAAACGUUCUCGCACACGACUUGGACUCACUGCGAGAUUCACCCCGCCAUGAUCUUUGGUAUCUGCGCAAGCAUUAUCCCUUUCCCCGACCACAAUCAAAGUCCACGCAACGUUUAUCAGUCUGCAAUGGGCAAACAGGCCAUGGGCGUUUAUUUGACCAAUUACCAGAUGCGUAUGGACACGAUGGCAAACAUUCUCUACUAUCCCCAAAGACCUCUUGCCACGACUCGAUCCAUGGAACAUCUCAAGUUCAGGGAACUGCCUGCAGGGCAAAAUGCCAUUGUUGCCAUUCUCUGCUACUCGGGCUACAACCAAGAAGAUUCGGUGAUCAUGAAUCAAUCGUCCAUCGACAGAGGUCUUUUCCGAAGCUUCUAUUAUCGCACAUACACCGACAUGGAGAAGAAGAGUGGCGUGGUCGAGAUGGAGACCUUCGAGAAGCCCACUCGAGAGACCACAAUCCGUCUGAAACACGGCACGUAUGAUAAGAUUGACGCCGAUGGUCUCUGCGCUCCUGGCACACGUGUUUCCGGAGAAGACAUUAUUAUCGGCAAGACUACGCCUCUUCCCGGCGAUAGUGAAGAGCUUGGUCUUCGCAGCAAGCUGCAUACGAAGCGCGACGUCAGUGUUCCUCUCAAGAGCACCGAAAGCGGCAUCAUCGACCAGGUUCUCGUCACGACGAACCAAGAGGGAGUGAAGUUCGUGAAGGUGCGCGUGCGCUCCACCCGUGUGCCACAGACGGGAGACAAGUUCGCCUCGAGACAUGGUCAGAAAGGUACCAUCGGCAUUACGUAUCGUCAAGAGGACAUGCCGUUCACUAUCGAAGGUGUCACCCCGGACAUCAUCAUCAAUCCUCACGCCAUUCCUUCCCGCAUGACCAUUGGACAUCUGGUCGAGUGUCUGCUUUCCAAGGUAGCCACGCUAUCCGGACAGGAAGGUGAUGCGACGCCCUUCACCGAUCUCACCGUCGAAGCCGUCAGCAGCAUUCUGCGCACUUUGGGAUACCAAUCUCGUGGCCUUGAGGUGAUGUACAACGGGCACACGGGUCGAAAGCUGCAGGCACAGGUCUUCCUCGGCCCGACCUACUACCAACGUCUGAAGCACAUGGUCGACGACAAGAUCCACUCGCGUGCUAGAGGCCCGGUGCAGAUCCUUACCCGUCAACCUGUCGAAGGUCGUAGUAGAGAUGGUGGUCUGCGUUUCGGUGAAAUGGAGCGCGACUGCAUGAUCGCCCACGGUAUGAGCGCUUUCCUCAAGGAGCGCAUGUACACGGCUAGCGACGCGUACCAGAUCCACGUCUGCGACUCGUGUGGCUUAAUUGCGGUUGCCAACCUCAAGAAGAACAUGUACGACUGCAGGUCUUGCAAGAACCGCACAGCCAUUUCCAAAAUCUACAUCCCUUACGCCGCCAAAUUGCUCUUCCAAGAGCUGAUGAGCAUGGGCAUCGCCACUAGACUCUUCUGA